AUGAGCCAGGACACCGAGGUGGACAUGAAGGAAGUGGAACUGAACGAGCUGGAACCCGAGAAGCAGCCGAUGAACGCGGCGUCUGGGGCGGCGAUGGCCGUGGUCGUGGCGGGCGGCACCGAGAAGAAUGGUCUGGUGAAGAUCAAGGUGGCCGACGACGAAGCGGACGCGGCGGCCGAGGCCAAGUUCACGGGCCUGUCUAAAGAGGAGCUGCUGAAGGUGGCGGGCAGCCCCGCCUGGGUACGCACCCGCUGGGCGCUGCUGCUGCUCUUCUGGCUCGGCUGGCUGGGCAUGCUGGCCGGCGCCGUGGUCAUCAUCGUGCAGGCGCCUCGCUGCCGCGAGCUGCCGGAGCAGAGAUGGUGGCACAAGGGCGCCCUCUACCGCAUUGGAGACCUUCGGGCCUUCCUGGGCCAUGAUGCAGGCAACCUAGCGGGCCUAAAGGAGCGGCUGGAUUACUUAAGCACGCUGAAGGUGAAGGGUUUUGUGUUGGGCCCAAUUCAUAAGAACCAGGAGGAUGACCUCACAGAGACCAACUUGGAACAGAUCGACCCCAUUUUUGGCUCCCAGGAAGAUUUUGAGAGUCUCCUGCACUCGGCGAAGAAGAAGGGCAUCCAGGUCAUCCUGGACCUCACUCCCAACUACAAGGGCCAGAGCCCUUGGUUUCAAUCCACUCAGAUUGACACUAAUCUGACAAAUGCGUCUUCAUUCUUGGCUGAGUGGCAGAACAUCACUAAGAGCGUCAGUGAGGAUCGGCUCUUGAUUACAGGCACAGACUCCUCCGACCUUCAGCAGAUCCUGAGCCUGCUCGAACCCACCAAGGACCUGUUGUUGACUAGCUCUUACCUGUCACACUCCAACUUAACUGGGGGUCAUACAAGUCUCCUGGUCACCGAGUAUCUGAGCGCCUUUGGCAGCCGCUGGUGCAGCUGGAGUGGGUCUCAGGCGGGGCUCCUGACUUCCUUUGUGUCGCCCCAACUCCUCCGACUCUACCAGCUGCUGCUCUUCACCCUGCUGGGGACCCCAGUGUUCAGCUAUGGAGACGAGAUUGGCCUGGAGGGAGCUGGCCUUCCUGGACAGCCUAUGAAGGCCCCGGUCAUGCUGUGGGAUGAAUCCAGCUUUCCCAACAACUCAGCAUCUAUAAACAUCAGCAUGACUGUGAAGGGCCAGAGUGAGGACCCUAACUCCCUCCUUUUCCUGUUCUGCCGACUGAGUGAUCAGCGGGGUAAGGAACACUCCCUGCUGCACGGAGACUUCUACAAUCUCUCCUCGGGGCCCGACCUCUUCUCCUACAUCCGCCAGUGGGACCAGAACGAGCGUUUCCUCGUAGUGCUCAACUUUGGGGAUGUGAGCCAAAUGGCCAGGCUGGGGGGCUCCAGCCUGCCUACCGGCACCAGCCUGCCGGCCAAGGUGGAUCUGCUGCUCAGCACCCAGCCAGGCCGUGAGGAGGGCACCUCCCUUGAGCUGGAGCACCUGAACCUACAACCUCAUGAGGGGCUGCUGCUCCACUUCCCCUACGUGGCCUGA